GCUUCAUGCUUCCCAACCCAGAUGAGGCCGUCAUCUGGCGAGGCCCGCGCAAGAACGGGCUGAUCAAGCAGUUCCUGAAGGACGUGGACUGGGGGGCCCUGGACUUCCUGGUGGUGGAUGCGCCGCCGGGCACCUCGGACGAACACAUCACCAUCGCGCAGUGCCUGCAGAGCGCCGCCGUCCCCAGCGCGGACGGCUCCUCCUCCGCCCCCUCCGGCACCAGCGGCAGCAGCAGCACUGCCUCCGCCAUCAUCGUGACCACCCCGCAAGACGUGGCCAUCAUUGACGUGCGCAAGGAGGUCAGCUUCUGCCGCAAGGUGGGGCUUCCGGUGCUGGGUGUGGUGGAGAACAUGGCGGGGCUGGUCACGCCGGCGGGCCGGUGCACCUUCACGACGGUGGGCGGCGAGGCGCAGGACGUGACGUCGGAGGUUCUGGCGUUGCUGGCGGAGCGGUUUCCGGGUCGG